AUGCUCCGUCGUAGUUUAAUACUUCGUCGUUACCCGUUUAAUAAACGUGGUCCUCGUGAGCAUAAAUCAUGGAAGCACCACGUCUUAACAGAACCUCCAAAGCCAGUUCAAUGGCGUGAUCCCAAAGUAUGGACAAAAGAUUUGAGUACUAUGAAAUCCUUUGAUGCUCCUCAGUGGGAUUUGUGGCAAGGUCGUCCACGUUCAGAGGACAUGGAUGAAGCAUUACAACCAUUUAUGGAUAUGCCACAAUCUCUUAAAGACCGACGAUAUGAUAUUCCAUGGUGGGCAAAUCCUUUUGGGGCAUGGUAUUUACAAAAUAUUCUUUCUAUUGAAUUGUUAAAGCUUCCAAGUAAAAGUAAUGCUGAAAAGAUAGCAAUUUAUAGGAAUAAUAAACAUUUAUUCUCUGCUGAAGCAAAUGUCGAGACAAAACAGGAUGAAGUAAUUAUAAAAAAUAUUAUAAAAGAAAGAUGGAGAACACUUGAAUUUGGCGAUCGUGAUGCUGGUUAUCCUUGUACCUUUAGUGAUUAUAUUCAGUUUCUUAAUGAAUGGUUUAAGUCUCUUGAUGAAGAAGGAAUGCAAAGAUUACGAGAACAUUUUGAUAGAAGAAUUCGUCCCCUUUUGGCAGUUAUGUCUCCGGUAGAUAUACUUUGGUUAGAAGCUUUAACACAGAAUUCUCCCCAUAAUAAGGAACAGUUACAACGUAAAAUUGCAUUUCAAACAAGUCUUGGUACACCUGAGUUUUUUGAUAUGUCAAAACGUCUUCGCUAUGAAAUUAAUGAAGAUUAUAAGGUACGAGAUGAAUUGGGACCUGAACUCUUUGCGUUAUGGAGUAAAGCACCAGAGCGAUGGCCACCUGAACGUUUAUCGAAGAUGUAUGGAUUAGAUUUUACACUAGUUCGAAAAAUUCUUGUUUGGCAUCAUUUUAAAGCUUGUUAUGAUGCUUGUGUAGAACCUGAUUGGUCUUUACCUAAACGUCUUUUUGCCUUGGAGUGGAUAAGAGAUGUUAGAGCACGAAAACAUGGUCUUUUUUAUGGUAAAAUGCGUUUUGCUGAACAAAAAAUAACUUUUUACAGUGAUAAAUUUCUUUUCCGUGAUCUUGUUAAUCGUCGAGAAGCAAGUUAUGCUAAUGUUUGGGAAAUGGAUGAUCCUUAUCGUUUCUUACAGACUGAACAAGAUUUAGAAGAUUAUUGGGGUGAUAACUAUGACGUAUAUCGUCGUAUGUUUCCUGAGAUGAUUGGUAGAACUGGAGAACCUGUUCAACAAUAUGGUCAAAUGCCUCUUUGGACAGGUCCACAUCGUCAACAUGCCAAUAAAUCUGAACAUAAUUGGAUGUUUGCUGAAAUUGGUGUUAAUGUAGGACAUGAAGCUUUAAAGAAAUUGGAAUUAGAUCCAACAAAUGAGAAACGUCGACGAUUCGUUAUUAGACAACCUGAUGGUUCACUUCGUUCAGCAAAAAUGUCAGAAAUGCGGGCGUGGUACUGGAAAGAGGAGUGGGCAGAUUUUCGUUUUUGGGCUCCCAACAUGGAGUGGGGAAUUGAGAAUACACCUUCACAAGAACAGUAUCAGGAACAUGUACCAGAUACUCCUGAUGCUGACUUCCGAAAGCAAAGACGAAUUCAAUCUCGCCCAGUAAAAUGGUUUUACGAGAGUCAUUAUACUCGUACAGGAAAUUUUGCGGGUUUUCAACCCUUACGAUUUAUGCAACGUCGUACAGAGAGGGAAGUUCGAUGGCCUGAUGUGAUUAAUGCAGCGGUACAGAUAGAAAAGAGGAAGCCUAAUGCAUAUAUCUUUAAGGCUAUACCUGAGAUAUAG